AUGAUCGGGGUCGGCGGUUUCGGCGUCAUGUACAAAGCAAAGCUCGGCGAAUUUCCUUGCGUACUGAAAUUCGUACCUCUGAACAUCCUCCCGAGUCCCGAACAGGCUCUCGUCGAUAAGGAAGUCGCGUGCUUGAUAAAUCACUCUUGUCUAGUAAGCUAUUUCGCGUCGUUCAUGAAUCGGGACACUUUCAUAACCUGUAUGGAGUUCAUUGAUGGGGUGUCGCUCAUUCGACUUAUCCAUAGGGCGCCCCAAGGUCUACCCUUGCCGCUCGUCCGAAUCAUCAUCGGUCAGCUGCGUCUGGGGGUACAGCAUCUACAUUUCAGAGGUUUCAUCCAUCGCGAUGUCAAACCGGACAACAUCAUGAUCGGGCCAAGAUGUCGAAUCAAAUUAAUCGAUUUCGACACCUGCAGAGUUUGUUGUGGCAAAUACAGCCCGAAGUUCAUGCCAACAUUUAGGGAAAAAGCGGGAAAGGAGUUCCCGGGUGCUGAUUUUGCGGGCAUGAUACCGUACAUGGCGCCGGAAGCUCUCAUGAAAACUGGACUGGGUCGCGCAACGGAUUGGUGGGCCGUUGGCGUUACGACGUACCAUGUGGCUACGAGUCGUUAUCCAUUCAGAGGAUCCACGAUCGAAAAGGUCCAACCUCAAGCCGUGAUUCCGCAGCACUCGUGGCCAGCUAUAAAAGAGAGGUCCAAAGAGCUGAAUUGCAUGGCCGAUUGCAUGAAUCCCGAUCCUCACUAUCGCCUGUGCUCGCAACACUACUCGCAUUUCCUGACACACGAGCACUUCCGCGGUAUGGAUUUCCAGUGGCUCGAAAAUGAAGCGGACCUAGGGAGCUUCAAUCUAAUCGACAAAAUCAGAGAGAUAUCGAUAAGGAAGCAGCGCAGCCUGUUUGUGCGAUUAUUGUUCUUAAUACAUAUAUGUAAAUGCAAUUAA